CCGCUGUGCCACCUGGUCAACCACCGUAAGAUCUCCAUUUCCGGUGAGAAUGAGUCAGGAACAACCACGACGAUCACAAGAAGAACCCAUCAAAUAUGGUGACGUUUUCAACGUCUCCGGCAAGUUGGCAAACAAACCCAUCACCCCACAAGAUGCCGCCGAUAUGCAGGCUGCCGAGACCAAGGUUCUUGGCCAGACGGUGAAAGGUGGUCCGGCCGCCGUCAUGCAGUCAACCGCCAACGUCAACGAGAACCGUGGCCUCGUUGGCCGGUACGAUGACCAGGGCAUCGCCGUGUCUGACACUGAAUACGCAGGCCACCAAAUCAUAACUGAGUCGGUUGGCGGAGAGGUGGUGGGACAGUAUGUGCGACCCAACUUGGCUUCUUCUCCGGCUCCGGCGAAAUUGGGCGAUGACGCCGUUACCAUUGGAGAAGCAUUGGAGGCCACCGUCAUGUCUGCCGGUUCCAAACUGGUAGACCAGGCUGAUGCAGCCGCAAUACAGGCGGCUGAAGUCCGAGCAACGGGCCGCAUGCAGGCUGUUCCUGGAGGUGUAGCCGCUAGGGCUCAAGCCGCUGCCGCCCACAAUGCUCGAACCAAACCAUUUGAGAACAAAACUAAGCUCGGAGAUGUCCUGGCGGAUGCGACAAAAUUGUUGCCGGAAGACAAGCCGGUGACGAGGGUGGAUGCAGAAGCGGUGAUAGAGGCGGAGAUACGUAACAAACCGAACCUGGCGACCACCCCAGGUGGCGUAGCUUCGGCAGUAGAUGCAGCAGCGAAGAUAAACCAACAGAAGUGAAUGUAGAAUAUAGAAAUCGUGUCAGAUAAAGAAAAGAAGCAGAAGGAGGAUGUAUGGAAUAUGUUGAUGAUGGUUUUCUGAAUAAAAGGUGACGCCGUUUGCAUUCGUACAAUUCCAUCUAAAUACUAAAAACUCUUUAUUAUUGGUACCAUGCUGGAUAAAGUUAAUA